GCAGUCGAACUGCCAUCCACUUAUAGUCUUACAGGUUUAUCCCAGAAGAUGUCGUGAAGAUGACUUAAAAGUAUAUUUCUUUCCGAGAUAUUUUGCGAAUAUCUUCCAGCUGUUUGACCUUUUUGAUAGGCUAGUUCAUGUCUCUGCUGACUUACGGCAUCAUUUUAAGUCACAUCGAUGGACUAUUGCGUAUUAUUCUCAGGCAAUAGGCCACAAAGAACACAAAGCUUUUGACGUGAUAGGAGCGCGCUAAUGAAUGCAUUUCACUCAAUGGAUUUUUAUAUUUAGCUUUCGGUGACGCUCAUAUCAGCCAACUGCAAGCGGAGUCGAGAAGAACAAGCAGGACCGAAUGCGCUGUGUUGCUUGUCAUUUUGGUGCUCUCAAAAAGAAUAACGUGAAGACGUUUAAGUCCAAACGGAAAAACUUUGAUUAUUUUGUGAGAACUCCCUUCUAUAGGUCUACAUGUAAUGUUGUGAAGGCGCUGUGGAAUAACGUAAAUUAGGUACAAACUGACAGUCGGAAAAUGAUGGCCGGUGGAGCAGUUGAACAAAAUGGGAUUUUCUUGAAUCCUCUUCACAGUCAACAGACCCACAUGGAGUCGGAUCCCCCCGACUCACGUAAACGACCACUAACUCCGACGGAGGAGGACUGCUGUACCAAGCGCACGAACACGGGAGAGGAGGGUGAGUACUUCCUGAAGGUGCUGAUCCCCAGCUAUGCAGCCGGCUCUAUAAUUGGCAAGGGUGGCCAGACCAUCGUACAGCUACAGAAAGAGACGGGCGCCACAAUCAAGCUUUCCAAAUCCAAAGACUUCUACCCAGGAACCACAGAGCGUGUGUGUCUGGUACAGGGUACGGUCGAGGCUCUGAACGGCGUCCAUAACUUCAUCGCCGAGAAGGUCCGCGAGAUGCCUCAGAGCGCCCAGAAGACAGAGCCCGUCAGCAUACUGCAGCCACAGACCACGGUCAACCCCGACCGAGUCAAACAGGCUAAGCUGAUCGUGCCCAACAGCACGGCUGGGCUCAUCAUUGGGAAGGGGGGGGCCACGGUCAAGGCGGUGAUGGAGCAGUCUGGUGCCUGGGUGCAGCUGUCCCAGAAGCCCGAAGGCAUCAACCUGCAGGAGCGCGUGGUGACCAUCAGCGGGGAGCCCGAGCAGAACCGCAAAGCCGUGGAGAUCAUCGUGCAGAAGAUCCAGGAGGACCCUCAGAGCAGCAGCUGCCUCAACAUCAGCUACUCCAACAUCUCGGGCCCUGUGGCCAACUCCAACCCCACCGGUUCCCCUUACGCAAACUCUGCCGAGGUCCUCCCCAAUGCCGCCGCCGCCGCCGCCGCCACCGCCUCCAGCCUCCUGGGCCAGGCCGGCCUGGCGGGAAUGGGUGGGUUCCCGGGCACCAUAUCCAGCUUCUCUGGCAACGACUUGCUGGCCAUCACCUCUGCCCUCAACACCCUGGCCAGCUACGGCUACAACACCAACACCCUGGGCCUGGGCCUCAACCCCGCCGCCGCCUCCGGGGUCCUGGCCGCUGUGGCCGCUAGCGCUAACCCGGCAGCCGCCGCCGCCGCCAACCUUCUGGCCUCCUACGCCAGCGAUGCCUCCGGCGGCUCUGGCCAUCCCGCAGCCGGCUUGGGGGGCUUCUCGCUGGGCUCGCUGGCCGCCGCGACGGGGGCCUCCAACGGCUAUUUGAACGCCUCCUCUACGCUGAUGGCCUCCUCGAUGCUGGCCACAGAGAAGCUGGGUGACGGGGCCAAGGACGUGGUGGAGAUUGCCGUGCCUGAGAACCUGGUGGGCGCCAUCCUGGGGAAAGGCGGGAAAACCCUGGUAGAGUACCAGGAGCUGACAGGCGCCCGCAUCCAGAUCUCCAAAAAGGGAGAGUUCAUCCCCGGCACCCGGAACCGUAAAGUUACCAUAACCGGGUCGCCGGCAGCUACACAGGCAGCCCAGUAUCUGAUCAGCCAGCGGAUCACAUAUGAGCAGGGUGUGCGUGCCACCAACCCCCAGAAGGUGGGCUAAACGGAGAAAAAGAUGACAUAAAGGAUGGAGACAGAGAACAGACAGGGAAUGGAGGGUCACGGAGAGGGAAACAACGUCCAAAUAUCUGUUAAAUAUUUCAGUAUUAAAAAGAGAAGAUCACAGAGGAGAAGCCGGAGAGAAAAACAAGAUAAGUGUGAUGUGAUUGUGUUUUUAGGACCGAGGUCCUGAUGUUUUUUAAAAGUUGUGUCAAGUCCUUUUGAUGACGGUGAUCAGAGUAAAGCUGAACUGGUCCACUGCCAAGCUGCAGAUCCAGGGGUGAGUCCACAUGAUUUCAGCCCCCUUCAAAAACCUCAUAGCUUUCGCUCUCUUCCGUUUUUCUCUUAUUUGGUUUUUCAGCUUCGGUUGCAGACCUCCGCUCCCGGUGAGUUGAGAGUCAGUUGAGAUUCCAGACGAGCUAAAAGAGCAACGAUAGCUGUUUGCUCAUGCCUUUUUCCUUUGACCUUAGCCUUGCUCGGUGUCAACAAAGCAAACGGCCUUGUCUUCAUGAGAGAGGUUAAGUGACGAGCACCUGAGGUCGUCCAAAACUAUUAGGCAGCCAUUUUAAUCUAAAUUCUUAAUGGAGCUCACAAUAUUAAUCACUGUAUAAUUUUAAUCAGAUUUGAGGUUUUUACAAUUUGGUUUUUUAUCCUUUUUAUUUUCAUCAACUAUUUAUUGAAAUAUGGUCUCAUUCAAACACGUGUAGAUUAUUUAAACCUGUGAAUUCGGGUUGACAUGAAUGUAAAGACAGUAUUAUAGUUAUUUUGUUAUUAACAAAGAUCAAAUGUUGAGUUGCAGUGACAGAUAUGUAUAGUUUAAACCCAGAACUGCACAGUAACUAUAUGAGUGUAGAUCAGGGGUCAAAUGUUCAAUUUGAGAGGGUAGGGGAGGCACAGGAAUGUACACACACACACACACACACACGUUCAUAUAUGUAUACCGCCACCCACAUACUCACCACUUUUGGUGCUACAAAAACAUAACUUCAGAUAGGCCUUUAUCUCCUUUAUCACCUAAUUUGAAAGUCCCUUUGAAGGUUGCUCUCCCUCUAUGUGAUUGUAAGAUGCCAGGCAUUAUCCACUCCUCUGUAGUUUACGGUAUCUAGUUCUGCCUUCAUGUGAGCAAAGGAGAACAGGAUUCUAUUCUAUUCUAUCAGUUAAUACUUUACUCCACUAAAUCACAGUUCUCCUUUAGCUGCUGUAGAGAACAGUUUCUUGUGCCACAGUUUAGAUCGGAAUAACAUAGUUACUGGUUUAAAACCAAUCUUUUUUCCCCCUAUUGUCAUGAAUUGGCCCUGUAUUUUCAGUUUGCCACCUGAUGUUAUGCCUUGGGACAUAAUUAAAUCCCUCAGCACUAUAGCAAACCCGAUGUAUCUUACAUUACCUUUUACAUUGAAGAAACAUCUAACUGGAAGAAUCCUCAAGGGAAUGAAGCACUACAAAGCAGCUUUGUUAAAAAAAGCAGUAUUGAACCUUAUCUGCGAGUGAGGAGAUGAUUGCUUUACAUCCAGGGUGGCUAGAGACAUCUACGGAGACACUAAUGAGAAAUAAAUGGAGUCACUAUGAAACACAUUUGGACUGAAACACAUUUGGAGUUUUCUGUGAACCAUUACUCACAAUCAGUCAAUACCAAUAUGGAGUCAAGUGUUUAUGAAGUUGGUCAGGCCAACCUGUUAUCUUACCUAAAGUAGUUAUAAAUGCUAGCUUAAACUGGCCGUAGUGCAUAAUAUGUUGCCGAAACCCUUCGCUUACAUUCUGUAAGGUUGCAGGUUCUUCUGGAGCAUUAGGAAACACAGAUUUCCCUUGCUUUGCGUCUGCGCUGCUAUCCAUUGGUUUUCAUCCGAGUACACUGGGUCUCUUAUGACUGCACUGUGAGACACAACCAAGACACAGAAUGUGUCCGUCCCUUCUUUGAGCCAAGUGUUAUUGGCUCGUGUUUUGAUGUACAUAUCCAAGAAAUAGGCGUACUGCUGGAGCACAUGCAUUGCAUGUAGUAGAGCAAAACCAGCUGAGCCGAGUGAUAAGAAGCAUCUCACCGGGACAUCCACGACGUGGUGUCCUGAAGAUGUUUUGGUUUACCAAUAACAUUGCACAGCAGAGAGCUGCUACACGUUCAUAUUCGAUGGGAGUCUCUUCUACUGAUCAGUCCAGAGUCAUCGGUCAACCAUGUUGUCUUUUAGUAACUCCAAUGACUCACAUUGAUUUUCCUGCACAGCAGUCCCAGAAUACAUUUCACAUGUUUCUCCAUAGCCUUAUGCACCCAAAGCUCUGUGACUGACUUCCGAUAACACAAGGACGAAGGGAUGGCACCAGUGGUGUUGUGUGGGUUAAAAACGCAUGUCACUGCUGCCUACCCGCCGUUUUAACAGCAGCACUCCGCAUUAUGAGUGAAUUGACCAGGCCCCUCCUCCAACCAACUCAGCAGUUAUUCUAAGGAAUGUCUGCCGUACCUCGACCCCACCUUGCUAUCUACUUUGUGUUUGAGCGUUCUGCAUGGCAUUGCACCAGCCUCGAGCCCCAUUACCUUGACUCACUGAAUACACAUUUCCCUUUCACUGUAUUUCUGAAGGGAUGUGCUAUGACGAAUAACAGCACUCAUUGGAACCUUCAUGUUUUUGCCCUAACCUCCCGACAUUUUAUCACUGAAUUAAAAUAGAAGCACAAAUCUAUGGUGAAUUUAAUAAUAUAAGCAAUGCAACUAGACUUGGUUAAGAGAGAGACUACUUUAGAGCUAUCUGAUCUAUACAUUGCAACUCCUCUCUCUCUGUCUCUCUGUCUCUCUCUCACGCUUUCUCACUCUCUCUCUCUUUGGUCAUCACUUUUCCUUCUCUUUCUUUAGACAUUUACCCCACCCAUAUGCCCCCUUUUCGUCUAAUUCAGAAAACACCUAUAUCCAGAUUCCCUUCUCUCUCUUCUCCCCUCUCUCACCUUCCUCCUGUCUUGUCUACUCUUAGGCUCUGACGUCUGGGGUUGCAGGGAGUGCCGAAGUGAUUGAUAGGAGUUAUGCACUAUAGGUCAUAAGGGUAUGCAAAUAUUUUCACAGCCCAGUGGAAAUGCACAGAUAACACCUGCCUCCAAACUGUGAAACCCGACAAAACUAACCAGCAACAUUGGUUCAAACUACGGUUUCAAAUUCCCCACUAAAGGAAGAACAAGUAGGAUUUACACAGGCCUACACCGUGAUCUAUUACCUUUUAAGGGAAGGGUUAUGUGUUUUGGUUGAAUGAGCAAAUGUUUGCUGGUUGACCAAACAGAGCAUCUAUUCAGCCUCCUAACUAAAGAAAGCAUAAGUAAAUGAGAGAAAGUUGGGAACUUGUCUGUGACCUCAUGCUGAAACGGUGACAUCCUUUAUGCAUAUCCUCUUAUCUGAAAAAUGACUAGAAAUUCAUUUCUGUGGAAAAUGUCAUGUCAACAUGAUCUAUAUGUACUUUAUUGUAGCUAUUCUAGUUUGUAGUCCAAAUGCAGUCCAGCGUUGUCGAUACAAUGUGAAACUCUAUGUUAUCUUUGUGUGGAUGAUGAUGAGUGCCAACUAAGCCUGAUUAAGAUUAGCUUCGCGAUUUGUUUGUGCAUUACGAUGACUCAUCAUCGACAGGUGGCGUCCUUAUUUCUGUCAUUGAUGAUUUAGUUUGACCGUAACAAAAAUGUAAAGAAUAUUGGAAGCAAUAUAGUAGCAUGUUGUCCUGUUUUGUGUUUUUGUUCUGUCUGUUGUAUGAACCUUUGGAAUUACUAAGAUUUUGAAUGAAUAGGUUUCCAUGUACUUUUUGUAAGUUAAUGAAAUGCUGCUAUUUGAUAAGUGAAAUAUACAAAAUAUUUUAGUUGAAAAAUAUGUCUGGUCUGUUGAUUAGAAACCUGAUCUAAAAGACGGGCAUAAAACGAGGUGUAUAGAAUACUAUACAGUAUUGGUAAGAUAGUAACAUUAAUAAUAGACUAUAGUACAACAUGUGCCAAACUAGACCUCUGCAGCUUCUGAAAUUGUAGAUGUGCGAUCCAAUGUUAGAUAUUAAUAACUUGUUUUAGAAGUGCUGAUCAAGUGCCAAUCAAACAAUGUUUUUAAGUUAAGAAAAGAUAAUCAAAUACAUAACUUAAGAAAACAAAGGACGAAAAACUAUUUUGUGCAUUGUUUUACCCCAUAGCUACAUAGAAUAAGAGCUAAAGAUUGUGAUUUUUAUGGAUCCAUGUUGUUUUACACUCCAUGCAUCCCCUGUGUGUUCGUUUGACCUGUGGCUUAAGCACUGCUGUUUUUCACAAAUGUCUCUAUAGGCCAGCAUGGACUAAGCAUAACAUGUUAUAAGCAUUCAUAACAUAGCCAUUAACGAUCAGACAAAAUGUGUUUCGUGGAGUUAGGUGUUAUCUUUUUGCACGUCUUCUAUUGCAUGGUAUCAAAGUGAAUUAUCGAGGGAAAAAAUAAACAGAAAAAAAAAUAGCAAGGUGUUCUCGUAACAUUCAAAUACAUAACGUUGCAUGCAGUCAGUUGUAGAGCACUUAAGUUAAUACCGCCUCAUUUAAAAAGUUUUUUAUUUUCAAAAGUUGGGAAGCAGCCCAUUAUUGUCAUGUUGGCCCAAAUACAAUACAUCUCAGAUCAACUUCUCAUACACUGAGUCCAUGUCUUUAUCACAGCCUCGGUUUUGUUUUCUUAAGGUACCAUGAGGAGUAUUACAAAUGUGAAACAAGCAAACGCGAAAAUGUUAUUCAGUGUUAUUCUUGUGUUUUGCUUUCUAGAAUACCAGGCAUGCAUUUUUUUAUAUCAGGUUAAACCUCAGUAAAACCUGUGUGAUAUUUUUUAAGAUUUUUUAUACCACAGCUUAAAAGGCCAGAUCUAAUCUAUGAAUGUACUCCCAUUUGCAAUUUUUUUCUGUUAAAUGUUUAUCAGUCUUUUAAUGUGAAUUCAGGGCUGGAAUGUCAACUACAUGUAGAUUUAACACACAGUAUUAUGUCAAAACCAGUUUCAGCUAUAGUCAGGUAGGCCAGACAUGGCCACAGUCAUAACCCAGAUAUUUUUUGAUCAACACUUCCAAUUCGCUGUCAACAUUAUCCUGUUUGUUUGGUGUUGCAUAAAUGCACUUUACUGAUCAAUGGGGUCAUACCUUUUUACAAAUGACAUCUCCUAUUAUUGGAUGUGAAACAAAGCAAACCAUGUUAACUUACACUUGCUUUUGUCAUUCUUUGCUGUUGCUCUGAUGUUAUUGUUAAUUUUUUUUUCUCUUAACGUUUUGGGUCUCUCAUGAAUGAUGAGAGGGGUUUGUGUAUCAGACUAUUUUGAAAAGGUGGCACGUGAGUCCUCCCAAUAUGGCUUGUCCAUUCCCUAGCAAAGAUUUUUUUAAAUUGCAGUGAGCAAAUUUCUCUUUAAAUGAGGGAGAGGGUACUUAGAUUGGAAGCACUCCAUCUUGUCAUGUUGCAUUCUGCUGCCUUGAUAUCAGGAGGGUGGGAGUAUUUUUAUGAAAAUGUAGGCAUUGAAAGCACGGUAAACCUCAUAUAAUGUCUCAAUGUGGUGUUAUCAGAGUCCUCAUUUGUUACUUCACAGAAUGCAAACCCAUGGUCUCACUGAUAUCAUUUUCAAAUCGGAGACAAAUAGCACCAGCAGAAUUAGAUUGCCUCGGUCAUACUGCUGUCCGUGACAGUGAUUUGACGACUCAACCUGUUAGAACCCUGUGUAAUUUAAAACAGUGUUGGAAAACUACUUUGCCACAUGCAUGACUCUCUGUCAAUUCCUUCUGCCAUACACUGCUACUACCCCCCCACCAAAUGUUCGAACCCCUCCACUACUGAGUGCCAAACUUAGUCAACACCAUUCCACACCUAAUUAGUUUUUCUCCAAAUGUAAUCUGGACAUUCAUCUAUCCCCCAAGGAUCUUCCUUAGGAGGAUUCCAUUAAACGUAGAUGAUUUAGGCUGCGUGCCCCUUCCUUUCCCCUCUAGCUAUUAUCUUUUCAGCCUAUUUGACAUUACGAUUAUUUGUGCUGUUGUGUUGAGCACUUGUCAUUGUAUUCUUACUUUGAAUGGAAAAUAAUGCUGAUCCCAUUCCUCUCAAUAAUGGGAGGAAGGAAGGAUUUCUACCAACUGGCCAUUUUAUCUUUGACCCUCCAAUUAACUUAGUUGACCUUAUCCAUCCUUUUACGUGCUCACCUGUUUGUUUGGAUUUUUUUCACCCCAGGGUUAUUUCCAAACUUUGCUCAGACUACAACUGUAUGAAUUUUCCUUUAGAUUUUUCUGUGUUUCUUCAUUUUCCUGUCAUCCGGACAAUUCUGCAGGGUAGAACGCCAACUGAAAUGUUGAUUAAAAAAAGCAUGAAGAUGCCCUGCACCUCUUUUUAGCGCCAUUGUAAAUAUUAUUUUGUGUUUUGUUUUUUAAAUCUUUUUGGUUUUCAUCUCAACAAAUGGACUGUCAGCAUAAGUAAAAUGUUAGCUGAUACUAAGACAAUUGGAAUGAUUCUAGUGUCUCUAUAUUGAGAUCUAGAAAAUACUAUUUGAUAGUCCAGGCCUAAUUUGUACUUUCACACUUUCACAUCAUGAAGCAUUUGCUUGGAUGCCUUCACAUAGAUACACUCUCAAUCUUAAUGAUAAAAGGGCAGCCCUAUCUUUCCUUGUGCCAUUUUAGUGAAGUACGGGUGAGAGUAUUUAUUGACAUAUUUGCAUAUGAGUGCCAAAUAAAUCGCAACUGAGCCAAAAGCCAGCAAGCCGACAUUGAAAUUGUGGCUAGCACUGGGACGGUUCACUUUCCAAUCCCAUUACCCUCCCAAAAACAUUACAUUGUUUUACAUUGACUUAACAUGCCAAUAUUUUCUAUGCUGCCAGUCUAUUUACUGCUUUCCUCAGUGAAAUGUCUUCGAAGCAGUUCCUUGUAUAACAAUAAACUGUUGAUCAAUGACAACAGAAAUUAUGAAGAGAGAAUGAAAGGAUUUUAAAGUGUAAUUUUUGUGAACUUUUUUUAAAUUGUUAUCAGUUUAUCUGAACAUCAUUCAUUAAUAGAUUUAAGGGUAAUGACUAUUUAAUGUAACUGUAGUAUUGUGUUUGUAAAAAAAAUCAGUGAGUUGUGUUUUAUGACUCGUGGACUACCAGUGAAGUCAGCAUUUCAGUGUUAAUAUAUUGAAUUGUUUUUUAAAGAUUAUUUUUGCGACGGCAACAGCAACAAAGAGUCAUUAUAAAUGUUCAUUUUAGCAUCA